CUUCUGCCCCCCGGUUGCUGCUCUCGGUUCCUUGCAGCCGGCGGGAGCGGCGAGAGCCCAGCGGGGCCGGGCGCCGACAGCUGCCCCGCUCUUCUUCUUUUUUUUCCUCUGGCCGCGCGUCCUCGCUGGCGGUUGCCUAGAACACUCCGCUGGCAACAUGUCGGUCCUUUCAGCCAUGUGCCUGCAUCUGACCCAGAAGCCAUGGAGGAGAUAAGGUAGCCCCCUCCCUGGAUGGCAUGGGGAAGCCCAGUUCAAUGGAUACAAAAUAUAAAGAUGACUUAUUUCGGAAGUAUGUGCAGUUCCAUGAGGGCAAAGUGGACACGACCCCCAGCAAACAACGACCUGGCAGCGAUGAGUCCCUACGUGUGGCGGCCUCGACCCUGCUCAGUCUGCAUAAGGUGGAUCCUUUUUAUCGAUUCCGGCUAAUCCAGUUCUAUGAGGUGGUGGAGAGCUCCUUGCGCUCACUGAGCUCUUCUAGCCUGCGGGCUUUACACUGCGCCUUCAGUGUGCUUGAAACGGUGGGUGUCAACCUCUUCCUCUACCCUUGGAAGAAGGAGUUUAGAAGUAUCAAGACCUAUACAGGCCCCUUUGUUUAUUACGUCAAGUCAACGCUGCUGGAAGAGGACAUCCGAGCUAUCCUGAACUACUUGGGUUAUGUGCCCGAAUUGGGCACUGCAUAUAAGCUCAAAGAGUUGGUGGAAACCCUCCAGGUGAAGAUGGUCUCCUUUGAGCUCUUUCUGGCCAAGGUAGAAUGUGAGCAGAUGCUGGAAAUCCACUCACAAGUCAAGGACAAGGGUUACUCUGAGUUGGAUGUGGUGAAUGAACGCAAAAGCAGCACAGAAGAUGUGCGUGGCUGUUCAGAUGCUCUGCGCCGUCGGGCUGAAGGCCGAGAGCAUUUAACAGCCUCGAUGGCCCGUGUGGCGCUCCAGAAGUCAGCCAGUGAGCGGGCAGCCAAGGACUACUACAAACCUCGAGUGACCAAGCCCUCAAGGUCAGUGGACGCCUAUGACAGCUACUGGGAGAGCCGGAAGCCACCUCUGAAGACCUCCUUGAGCCUGCGGAAGGAGUCUGUAGCAGCAGACUUGGGGGAUGACCUCAAGGACGAGAUCGUCCGGCCAUCGCCCUCACUCCUGACCAUGUCCAACUCUCCGCAUGGCAGCCCAGAUGACCUCCCAUCCUCUUCCCCCAAUAAUGGUCUUGGUCUGCUUCGUAGUACCUACUUCUCUGCUCAGGAUGACGUGGAUCUGUACACAGACUCUGAACCUAGGGCCACGUACCGGAGGCAGGACGCCCUGAGGCCGGAUGUUUGGCUGGUCAAAAAUGAUACCCAUCCCCUUUACCACAAGCGUUCACCCCCCGCCAAAGAGUCUGCUCUAUCCAAGUGCCAACACUGCGGUCUGUCCUGCAGCUCCUCCCUUUGCCAGCGCUGCGACAGCCUGCUCACCUGUCCCCCGGCCUCUAAGCCCAGCGCCUUCCCUGGCAAGGCCUCUUCCCACGACAGCCUGGCCCAGGGGCCAUCUCUGCGAGAGAAGUAUGCGGGCCAGACUCAGGGCCUUGACCGACUGUCGCACCUCCACUCAAAAUCCAAGCCCUCCACCACAGCCACUUCCCGCUGUGGCUUCUGUAACCGUCCAGGCGCCACCAACACUUGCACCCAGUGUUCAAAAGUUUCCUGUGAUGCCUGUCUCAGCGCCUACCAUUACGACCCCUGCUGCAAAAAGAGUGAGCUGCACAAGUUCAUGCCCAACAACCAGCUGAACUACAAGUCAACCCAGUUUUCCCAUCUUGUGUAUAGAUAGACUCGAUCUUGCACCUCCCUGCUACAAGGGCUACAACCACUGACCUUUCUGGUUUCAUGAGGAAGAAGAGUAAUGCCUCGAUCUCAGAAGCAGAGAUCUACACUUGACCGUGUAGGCGCUCGGGGAUCAUGGGGCCGCCUGCACCAUGUGGGAGUCUACCUGGCAAUUCAGAUACUUCAUCUUUGUUGCCUGACAGGAAAGAUGUGGCAUUUCCGUUCAGAUCCAUUCUUGUCUAUCCCGCCAACCCCUUUUCCCAUCGCUCUCUUUCUCCCCCUGCCCCCAGCCCCCCUGCCUCUUUUCCUCUUCCUUUUCUUUUUUCAGAGGAUUUCUGUGUCUAGAACUCCUGCCACAUCUACCCUUCCUUCCAAAAAGCCAACUUGGACUGGGAAGGCCCCUCCAGGUCACCUCCAAAUGUCCACCUGGAGCGGGCGAGCUAGAGGCCUGUUGGCUUGUGAAAUGAGCCCUCCUGCCAUACUGGGCCUCUUCCAGUGGCUCACCCCGUCAUCACCACCCAACUCCACCCCAGUACUUUCUCACUUCCCCACCUCUCUUCAGUUCGAAAGGCAAACCAAGACUAGUAUUUGCUGAAUGUCAUCCUCUGCCACCACAGCUCACUUCAGCCAGUGGUGUUGGUGAAUUUGCUCCAACUCACUAAAGGGUGGACUCUCCACAGUAGGACUGACCCCCCCCUUUCCUUUUUCUGUUGUUUGCACAUGCCCCCUUUACUGUACUGUAAAUAGAUAUUUUUAAGAUUUAUUUUUAAAUAAAUAUUCUACUUGCCAUGUG